UUCACCUUUUUCUCAUCACUGUCAUCACUGUCAUUACCAUGGAUCUGAUUCCCCUUACCCUCAACCGGCAGCUUCAAGAGGCCCGCGAUACCUCCGACGACUGGACGGGUGUGACGGACCAGACGGAGAGACGAAGACGCCAGACCCGGCUGAACGUCCGGGCACAUCGAAAACGCAAAACUCACCCCCCCUGCUCCUGUUCAAGCGAUGAACACCUCCCUACACUACUCGCUGCGGCAACGCAUCAAAUCAGCCUCAGCGCAGACCAUCUCAUCCCCCUUGUACGAUACAAUUUGUCUCGCGCAUGGUUGACGAACACAAGACUCGUAUCUGGGAUGAAUGAUACGCCUACACUACUCCCCCCCUCGUUACAACCCACGCCUCUACAGAAAAGUACCCGCCACCCGGCCUGGGUGGAUAUCUAUCCCUCCCCCGUCAUGCGGGAUAACAUUAUCCUCUCGUUCCGCACGACGGACGCCUCGGCCCUCUGCGCGCGGUUCUCUGCAGAGAUUCUCUCGGACGAAGUCGGGAUCCUAGUCUGGGGGGACCCGUGGGAUAUCGGCGCGUACGAAGUCACGGAGUCGUUUUUAAGACGCUGGGCGUUUCUCUUCCGUGGUGAACCGGCAAUCAUAGAGGGGAGUAAUCGGUGGAGAGAACUAAGGGGGGAACCUCCUCUCCCUGGAUAUUUGUAUAGUUUAAUAGGUUAAGAAAAAUGUAUAAAACCCUAAACCCUAAAUCCUAUAUAUAUACAUAUAGGCAUGACAUGAAUGAAGCCU